GCUGCAAAGUUUAUUUUUAACCAGCCACCGCCACAAUUUGGAUGGGGCUGCGAGGAAGCAACAUCUUCUAGCCUGGCUCGCCCCCGUCUCCCGAGCUUGCCUUUUAACUUUUCCGUCGGGCUUAUUUUCCUGCCGGCGGUGGCGGUGGGUCCCGCGGCGGCCCCUGUCCGCUGUUCCCGGCUGGGAGGGCCGCGCCGGAGCUGGGAAGUUGGGAUGAAGGCGCCCCUUCUCCGCAGCGUUCCUGAAAUAAACUUCCUGCAAUUCUUUGCAGUGUGCAGGUGUCCAGACUCCCCUUUACUCAUGGUCGCCUGUGAAACCCGUCAGGCAACUGAAGGCUGUACCUAAAAUUCUGCUGGCAGUGCAGCACACUGCAGUGGCCUUGAUAUAGUUACGGUGGACACCUUGUGCAGCCACAGCUGUAGCAUCCCCUCGUAGUCCGAACAACUGAGUAUUGCGGUCCAGGAGUCUACACGUGUGGAGGACUGCCUGGAAUAGAAAAAGGAAAGCUGCAGAGAUUGUAAGCUGCUGCUUGAUCCGUGUGGCUGUUGUGCCGAGGAGCAUCAAAACUUUGCUGGAUGGAUCCGACAGCUCGUUGCAAAGUAGAGGUGCUAGAGGGUGCUGCUGAAGAAGAGGCUGAAGAGCCAGACGCAACUGUACAUACUACACUAAGUGAGGAGACCAGCAACCCAGAAGAGAGCCACAGUCAAUCAGGGGAGAAAGAUGAAGAGAAGCAGCUGGAAAGCUUAAACAGCUAUAAGGUAUCACCAAGUUCACCAAACAGUUUGGACGGAGCAGACUUGUCCUCCAUUGACGCCAUGAUGUCAGCAGUGAUGAAUGUGGGGAAGAUUGCUGAAAACGGUGGGAAUUCUCAAAAUGUCAAAUCCCCCUCAAAGUCUCCUGCACCAAAUCGGAUUGGCAGGAGGAACCAGGAAACAAAAGAAGAGAAGUCUUCCUAUACCUGUCCUCUGUGUGAAAAGAUUUGCACUACACAGCACCAGCUAACUAUGCACAUUCGUCAGCAUAACACUGACACUGGAGGGACAGACCAUUCCUGCAGCAUCUGUGGAAAGUCUCUGAGCUCAGCGAGCUCCCUUGAUCGCCACAUGCUGGUGCACUCAGGUGAAAGGCCUUAUAAAUGUUCAGUAUGUGGACAGUCCUUCACCACCAAUGGAAACAUGCACAGGCACAUGAAGAUUCAUGAGAAGGAUCCAAACAGCACAGCAAGCACCACUCCCCCCUCGCCACUGAAGCGCAGGCGAUUGUCUUCGAAACGGAAGUUCAGUCAUGAUGCUGAGCUGGACAGAGAGGAGAGAACACCUGCAAAAAAGGUUGUCGAGGAUGGCCAUUCCGGUGAAGGGGAUAAGAGGGCUGACGAUGAAGUUUAUCAUUGUCCAGUGUGUUUCAAAGACUUUUUUUGCAAGUAUGGGCUGGAAUCCCACAUGGAGACACAUCCAGAUAAUUCAUUGAGGUGUGACAUCUGUUGUAUUACCUUUCGUACUCAUCGGGGCUUACUGCGCCAUAAUGCAGUUAUCCACAAGCAACUUCCCAGAGAUCCCAUGGGAAAGCCUUUCAUUCAGAACAACCCUUCAAUUCCAGCAGGCUUCCACGACUUGGGAUUCACGGACUUCUCCUGUAGGAAGUUCCCCCGCAUUUCUCAGGUCUGGUGUGAGACAAAUUUGCGAAGGUGCAUCAGUGACUUCCAUCGAUUUAUUUGCGAGAUGUGUAACAAGGCAUUCCCCAUGCUUUCGGCACUCAAACUGCACACAGAAACUCACAUGGUGGAUCAGGGAAAAGACAAGCACAAGCCACAGUCCAUGACCCCACCCAGUGAGAACCCAGACCAGAAAGCCUUCAUGGCAUCCUUGGGCCUACAGUACACCAAAGACAUCAAGCCUGUCAAGCAGGAGGACAAUACACAAGACGAGGUCCAAGAAAUGCGGCUCAGAGCACUGAAGAGUAACCUACCUCAGGAACCUGGCAGCACCAGUCUGCUCAGCCUCUCUCCUCUGGAAGCUGCCUCCAUGGGAGGGUCAUUUUCAGUCCUUCCCCCUACAAAAGAAAACAUAAAGCUUCUCUCGCUGCAGCCUUUCCAGAAGGGUUUUAUUAUCCAGCCUGACAGCAGUAUUGUGGUGAAACCCAUCUCCAAUGAGUCUGCCAUUGAGCUGGCAGACAUUCAACAGAUCUUGAAGAUGGCUUCUUCUGCUCCUCCUCAAAUCAGUCUUCCUCCACUUUCUAAGGCACCUUCUGUCCCUGUGCAGUCGAUUUUUAAGCAUAUGCCACCACUGAAGCCAAAGCCUUUGGUAACACCCCGAACAGUUGUCGCAACCUCUACUCCUCCUCCUCUUAUCAGUGCCCAGCAAGCCUCCCCUGGCUGCAUCAGCCCAAGUCUCCCACCUCCCCCUCUGAGGCUGAUCAAGAACUCAGUGGAGUCCGCCUCCAACUCCCAUCUCCCCCAGCCAGGAGCCAAAUCAAGUUCUUCCUCACAAUUGCUCCUCCAACCCAAAAUAGAGCCUUUAACUCAGCAUGAGAUGAAGACACAGCUGGAGCAGGACAGCAUCAUUGAAGCUCUCCUGCCUCUAAGUAUGGAAGCCAAGAUCAAGCAAGAAGUCACAGAAGGAGACCUGAAAGCCAUCAUCGCAGGGGCAGCGAACAAAAAGACCCCGACCAUGAGGAAAGUUUUGUACCCCUGCCGUUUCUGUGAUCAGGUGUUUGCCUUCUCUGGUGUCCUGAGAGCUCACAUCCGUUCUCACUUAGGUAUUUCCCCAUAUCAGUGCAACAUCUGUGACUACAUCGCGGCUGACAAGGCAGCGCUGAUCCGGCACCUGCGGACGCACAGCGGGGAGAGGCCUUACAUCUGCAAGAUCUGCCACUACCCGUUCACAGUGAAAGCCAAUUGUGAGAGGCACCUGCGAAAGAAGCACCUCAAAACAACCAGGAAGGAUAUCGAGAAGAACAUCGAAUAUGUCACCAGCAAUGCCGCAGAGAUGGUGGAUGCCUUCUGCUCCCCAGACACGGUGUGCAAGCUGUGUGGAGAGGACCUGAAGCACUACCGGGCCCUCCGCAUUCACAUGAGGACGCACAGCGGCUGCCAGAAGAAGAAGCCAUUUGAGUGCAAGGAGUGUGGCACGGCCUUUUCGGCCAAGAGGAAUUGCAUUCACCACAUCCUCAAGCAGCACUUGCAUGUGCAAGAAAAGGAGAUUGAGAAUUACAUCUUAAUGGUGGACUGCAGUGCCCAGGAAAGCCAGACAGACGCUUCUUUAUUGGAGGACAGCACUUACAUGGACCACAAGCCCAUGACGCCUUUCCUGGAGCCACAAAACGGCUUCUUGCUGGGAACAUCGUCUCACAUUUCCAUCAAACGUGAACCUGUGGGCAACUUCCCCAUGGAUUUUGAUGAGCCGUUGGAUUUCUCUCAGAAGAGCAAAAGCCUGAGUGCUGUGCAGGUGAAGCAGGAGAACCUGUUUGGUUCGUCUCUGUCCCUUUACGACUGUUCCAUGGAGCCUAUCGACCUGUCCAUCCCCAAAAUCCUGAAGAAGGAUAAAGAUGAUGCCCCCUGUGAAGCCAGGAACCAAGAGUUGGCUGCUUCUGCAAACAGUGAUAAAGCCUAUAACUGUCUGCAGUGUCCUUUGGUUUUUGGUGCCAAUGGGAACUCAGAAACAAACCGGGGUGUCAGACAUCCCCAGCCACUGAAAGGUUCGUUGCAUUUGACUGUCCCGAUCAUUUCCCCGGCUCUCCCUGGCAAUUCUGCCUUGCUGAGACCCCUGAGGCCUAAACCACCACCACCACCUCUCUUGCCAAAGCCUUCAGUAACUAAAGAGCUGCCGCCAUUGGCUUCCAUUGCACAGAUCAUUUCGUCUGUGUCUUCUGCUCCCACUUUGCUGAAAACAGAGGCCACAGACGCCAGUCCCAAGGCAGUGAGCAGCUCUACUGGGUGUGACAAAUCAGGGAAUGCCAAAGCUAAAGUGACAAUCGUGACCACCGUUCAGAGGGACUCCAGCCUGCCCAGUGACCUGUCUCAGGCUUGUGAUCCAGAGCAGUCUCCCAUUGCUGAUGCUGGGUUGACUAAGAAAAGAGGGAGAAAGAAAGGAACGAAAAAUAAGCCUAAACUUAGGAGUAGUGUGGAUCUGGAGUCAAGUGGGGAAUUUGCCAGCAUAGAGAAGAUGCUGGCUACCACAGACACUAACAAAUUUAGCCCAUUUCUGCAGUCCACUGACAAUUUCAAGGAAGAAAGUGGCAGAAAUGGAACAAGUGAGGAUGAGAAGGAAACUGCCAAGGAUAAGCUGCUGACAGGGAAGAGGAACGCUUACUCAGACUGCCUGCAAAAUAUCCCCUGUCCUUACUGUCCUCAAGUCUUUCCAUGGGGAAAUGCCCUGCAGCGGCACAUGCUCAGUCACACAGAGCGCCAGGCAGAUGCAGAGACACUAGCUUCAGGAAACAAUGUCUUGAACCUGAGCUACAGCGAGAAGGAGCAGUCAGAGGAAAUGACAGAGCUUCCAGAGAGUGAGCGUGGCCCCAAGGAGGAGCAGAAGGCUGACUCCCUUCUGGCAGAAGAGGAUGCUGAAGAAAAAGUGGAUGGAUAUGAAGAGGGCCCUGAGGAAGAUUCUGUAAGUAACAAAAGUCUUGACCUCAAUUUUGCCAGCAAAUUAAUGGACUUCAAGCUGGCAGAGAGUGACCAGAGUGCAGGCAGCAGUUCUCAGACUGAAAGGAGACAUGCCUGUGACAUUUGUGGCAAAACCUUCAAGUUUGCUGGCACUCUUAGCCGUCACAAAAAGGCCCACAUUCGUGAGGACAGAAAGGAUGAAAGGAGCAGUGAGGAUGAAAGCAAAAGCAUUCAGGAUGAUGCAGGAGCUCCCUCGAUGCAGGAGUCUGGUCUUGAGCAGGAAGAGUCUCCGUUGGACUUGAAGGUAGUGGAGUCUCCUGUGGACUUUGAGGCAACAGGAAAGGAGAAUGAAGAGAGCGAAAGCAUCUCUGAGGGGGAAGGCACAGAGAGAAAGUCCACUGAGAAGAGCAGUGAUGACAAACCAAAGACUGAUGGGGCUAAGAGUACUGCAAAAGCAGACAAAAGAAAGAAAGUCUGUACUGUGUGCAACAAGCGUUUCUGGUCUCUGCAAGAUCUGACGCGACAUAUGCGGUCUCAUACAGGUGAGAGACCUUACAAGUGUCAAACCUGCGAACGGACCUUUACUCUGAAGCACAGCCUGGUCCGUCACCAGCGCAUCCACCAGAAAGUCAAAAAUGCCCGAAACCACGGGAAGGAGAGCGACAAGGAGGAGACGCAGUCGAGGUGUGGAGAAGACAGUGAGAAUGAGUCCAGCCACAGCGGCGCCAACCCCAUCUCCGAAAGCGAGUGCGACUCCGCGGGGGGCGUCGGUAGCCACUCAUCCCUCGUGGGGAGCCGGAACGAGCCCCUGGCCAGCAUGGUCAUGGACUCCCCCUGCGGAGAGGAGAGGAGCAGCGCCUGCCUCGCCGAGCCCACCAAGAGCGCGCAGAAACAGACGGCAAAAGGCCAGGAACCACGGGGCAGCUCCGAGCACGAGAGGCCCUCAGGUUUCAUCCAAGACUUGCUGGAGAUGCACAACGCGCCAUCUCCCAUGAAUCACAUCCUGGCCUCUGCAGACAGUGCGCCUCAGCUCUUGGGGGUGGAAUGACUUGCUAGGAGGUUGUACCCAUCUCAGCAGGCAAACUGAAGCCAGCAGAGCAAGGUUUCUGGAGUCUGGUUUUGGAAGAGCGACCUUACAGCUACCGGGGAGAGUAUGGCAGACUCGAUGUGGUGCCAUAUGCCUUUCAGUAUAAUAAUGCAAGAGACUACAGUAUAUACUGAUUUGAGUGCCUUACUACUUUAUUAGAUCUUUUGGUAUUAUAGAUUUUUUCAAAAAUGAUUUUAAUAUUUUAAAGAAUUAUUUGGAGAGGACCCUUUUUCAUUUAAGCAUUAAUGUUACCUUUUGUAUUGGUGUGUGUGAGCUUGUUCUUGUAUAUCUGUGAUAGUCGCUGUGUUUUGUUCUCUGAGCUGGAAAAGGGGCAGUGGGGGUGGGAGGCCCUUGGAUACCAUAGCCAAUAACUGGAAGAAAAAUGAUGUGAAUUUCAAAUGGAAUAGUCAGAGGAGAUGCAGAGGAGACAUUGAUUUAUUGUUUUUUUUUUUUCUCAGUAGAUGUUCUUGCAUUUGCCACAUGGUGGAGCAUUAAGCCUGUUCCAGGCCUGAACAACGUGGCAGUUGAAGGUGUUCAAAGUGGUUCAAGCCAAAAGCAGGAAACACAAAAGAAUUUCAACCUCAUGCUUGUUUCCACUUUUCAGCAUUAGAAGUGGUCUUCUGAAUCCUAGGGGUUUUUUCUGGCCGUCACGGACUGAGCGUGUAUACAGAGAAGAGUUACAUAGCAACGUAACCUAUGGGAAUUAUGCACCCGCUGUUACAUAUGUUUGAUUUGCUUCAGUAUAUUAUUAUAAUUAUUAUUAUUAUUUUAUUAUUAUUUUAUAAAUCCAUCAGUUCGCUUGUCUCUGCAGUCAGCAGAAGCCAAUGGGCAAUAUUUGCCCACGGAGAUGCGUAGAGCAGCUCGGAUCCCGUCUCGGAGUGUUCUUGACUCGUCGCUUUCACCAGCUCCUCCUCCUGUUGUUGCAGCUCUUCUACUGUACUUUACAUGAACCCCUUCCUCCGACCGGAGCGUCCCGCAGAGGCCGGCGGGGUGCCGUCCCCGUGCGGGGGCACAUCUCCCUCGCGGUGGGUGCGCGCGGCUGCGGCUGCGAGCGCGCGGCCGGGGCGUGAGAGAGGCACCGCGAGUGCCGCAGUGACCCCGCUGCCGUCACGUCGGUGACAGCCUGCGUCACUCACAGAGCAAAGUUAUUCCAGUCUUCCAGUGGAAAGCAAGAGAGAAAUGCGAGCCUUACCCUCCUCUUGCUUCUGUCGUGUUCUAAGAGCAAGAAAAUACUACUGGUAAUAAAACUGCA